AUGGCCCUUCAAGACCUGACACAGAAACCUGAUGAAUCGGUCUCUGAUUUUUUGCAACGUGCCAAAACUAUUGCUGCCAAACUAGGUGCUGCAGGCCAUGCCUUGCGUCCCAAUGCCUUUAACCUUCAUAUUUUUCAGGGUCUAAGAACCGAGUUUCAGUCCAUGGUCUCGUCUCUUCUUACCAGGACUGAUCCGAUUGCUUAUGAUGACUUGCAUGCUAUGCUCCUUAGCCAUGAAUUUCUUCAUGGCUCCUCUAUGAAAAAGCUUGCCCUUACUGAUGCUACUUCUCCAACCAAUUCACCUACUGCCAAUACAGUUCAACGAUCAGGCUCCUCAUCAGAUUCUAGUUCUCAACCUGCUCAGUGUGGGGGUCAUGGUGGUCAUUGGGGCCGUGGUCGUGGUGGUCGUGGUCAUGGGGGACCUUAUGCCAAUGAUUUAAGUGGAAGUAUUCCAAAUUCCCUUGGACAAAUGACAAGAUUAAUGCUUCUCGCGUUUCCUGGAAAUAGGUUGUCUAGUACUAUCCCUCCCACUAUAUAUAAUCUUUCCUCACUCAGUGCUUUUGAUGUCGGAGAUAAUCAACUUCAAGGGAGUCUUCCACCAAACUUAGGCUUCAAUCUUCCUAAUCUAAAGUGGUUUUCAGUUUCAGGAAACCAGUUUAAUGGACCAAUUCUAGUUUCUGUGUCUAAUUUGUCAAUUCUGGAAACGCUAUUACUUAGCGCAAACAAUUUUACUGGGAAAGGUGAGGUAUCAUCAGAUGGAAUCUUUGCAAAUUUGAGUGCAUUUACAAUCAUUGGAAACAAUAAACUUUGUGGAGGUCUACCAGAACUUCAUUUGCCUGCAUGCCAAAUUCAAAAGUCAAAAGAACACGCGGGGCCUCGUGUUUUCAAGCUAAUAGUCAUCGUUUGUGGCUGUGGGGGUUCUCUAUAUUUGAUUUUUAUGACAUUUUUUUUCAUUAUAUACCGGAGAAAAAAAGAAAGGAAAGAAUCCACUUUAUUUUUUAUAGGGGAUCGUCAUUUUAAGAUCUCUUAUGCCCAACUCCUUAAAGCUACCGAUGGAUUUUCUUCUGCAAAUUUGAUUGGAAUGGGGAGUUUUGGUUCUGUGUAUAAAGGAGAUCUUAAUCAUGGGGAAACUAUUGUUGCAGUAAAGGUCCUCAACAUUAGACAAAGAAGUGCUCACAAGAGUUUCAUGGUUGAAUGUGAAUCCCUAAGAAACAUCAGGCAUCGUAAUCUUGUACGGAUUUUAACAUCUUGCUCAAGUAUAGAUCUUGAAGGCAAUGAUUUUAAGGCUUUAGUAUAUGAGUUCAUGCCUGGUGGGAAUUUGGAGAGCUGGUUACAUCAACAUGUAGAUGGUUUACAAGAUGAUGAAACAAGGCAUUUAAACCUUGUUCAAAGAAUUAAUAUUGCCAUUGAUAUGGCAAUAGUAUUGGAUUAUCUUCAUCACCAUUGUCAUACACAGAUUAUUCACUGUGACCUAAAGCCAAGCAAUAUUCUUCUUGAUGGUGAUUUGACUGCACAUUUGGGUGAUUUCGGGAUAUCAAGAAUUCUUUUAAAAGUCACAAGUAGAUCUCAAAGUUCCACGAGCUCAAUUGGAAUAAAGGGGUCUAUUGGAUACAUUGCACCAGGUAAAGUACCUCUUUUAUUGAUCUAGUAUAAUUUGUUUCCUCUUCUUUCGAAAGUUGUUAUUGAGCUUACCAUAUUAAGAUGAAACUAAUAUUUUUCUUACUUAUUCCACCGCAAAAUCUUAAGGCGUAAUUACUAUCUUC